AUGAGGCGUAUUCGAUCCAUGCGGACAGACAUAGAGGAGGAAGCAGAGGAAAGUCGAAGGCCUAAAGUCGCUGAGAAGAAAAAGAGUAGUGACACGGCGUUUGCACCCACUGGACGUCCACGUCCUGCUCAGAUCAAGUUGGAGAUUUCGGAUCUACAUAUAGAGGUUAACGCUGCUUGUCCGCCAGCUCAGGGAGCAGGUCGUCAAGCAGGCAGUCCGAAGCAUUCGGAUCCCAGUGGCUUCAUGUUAAGACCAGGCUCUUCGUCGUCACCAACGUUCUCGUCUUCUGGAAAGCGAGGCAUCCAGCGCAACUUCGUUCAAGGCCUUGGGGCCGAUUUCCAACUAGAUCUUCACACGGCCAGUACCGAUCGAUUGGAGAAAUCGUACGACUUGUCGGCGUCGGGAACCUUUGAUGCUGUGGGGUUCCAGAUCAAACAGACCGGACUCACUCGCUCUCCUGAUCGCGAUUCGGAUGGGGUUCCGAGUACUCAAUCCGACAGACGACAGCAGCAUACGAAGAAGCACUUGGUCAAGCUCGGUGUUCUUGGUCGAGGAGCGAGUGGCGUGGUACAUAAAGCUCUUCAUGUUCCGUCUCUGAUGCUUGUGGCAGUUAAAGUGAUCCCUGUCUUUGAGUACGAAAAGCGGCAUCAACUCAUCGCGGAGCUUAAAGCUCUGUACAACAAUCUCUCUACUUUGCCGGAUACUGACGCUUCCGAGUCGGCACGACAAACUGUGGCUUGUCCGGAGCUCGUGUGUCUGUACGACGCCUUCAUGAAUCCGAACGAGGGUAAUGUAUCGAUUGUAGUCGAGUACAUGGAUGGUGGAUCUCUCCAAGACAUCGUCGAUACAGGAGGAUGUACCAGUGAGGUGGUGCUAGCCAACAUCUCGUUCCGCGUCCUUAAAGGACUCGCGUUUCUCCACAGCACACACCAACUCCAUCGCGACAUUAAACCCAGCAACUUGCUCAUCAACCACUUCGGCGACGUCAAAGUCUCGGACUUUGGGAUCGUUCGAGAAAUGGGAAACUCGAUGGCAAAAGCCACGACGUUUGUGGGAACGCUCACCUACAUGUCCCCGGAACGAAUCGCCAGCGAGGUAAACGGCCCAAAUCUCCACUUGUUAUCGACUCAAAUUCACGUGUGGUAA